CACCUGCGAUUAACGGCAGUGAUUUUGAGGUGCGAGCGAAUAGAGCUGCCAUCUUGUCGCAAAUUGUGUUGUUUGAGUCUUUUGGGUGUGUGGAAUGAUUGAGGCCUAUGUUGAGUAGAGGUGGGUGAGUAGAGAUGAGUGAGGCAGAAUGAAGGAAAGUUCACGAUGCUGGAGCACGACAGCAAGUUGAAAGAACAGGAUCGGAUUGUGUCUUAUAUCAUAAGAAUCACAUCCGCAUUUGUACUACACACACCACUUGCCUAUAUAUUCGUAGAUGGUUCUCCCAAGUUACCGUCUUUGCCGAGACCAAUCGUAGUCUUGACUAAAAGUGAAGUCAACCCGGCCCGACGGUCUCGCGGACGUCGAAAUGUCCGAAAACACCGGAGUCGGGGGCCGAGACACCAACAGUCGAGCUGUGCACCAUCACGACGAGUUAAUCUGGCGAUCUUUGACGAUCCAUUUGAGCCCGAUUGUCUGGAAUUGCCAUAUGAUGCUCAUGCUCAUCGUGUUGAACAGAGACGAGUUCCACCAACCCGGUCAUGCUAUUUCGGGAGGUUCUAAUGAACUCGCGGAGGAAUUCAUGUCCCGACUGGCCCGUCUCAUCGUGCAGUUGAGGUGGAACAAGACAAUGCCGAGCACCGGGCAUUGCAUCCCUUGGCUACGGCGAUCGUGAUAAAAGUAAAAAUGGCUGCUGGUCCGGUUGAGUACACGAACAGUCAAGAUAUCGUGCAUUGAGAUGUGAUCUUUGAACGGCAGGCGGGUCUGUUGG